AUGAGCUUUUCAACACCCCCGCCUGCUGGCUUCAGAGGAAGGGCCUCUUCUGACAGCGUGUUUGUGUCCCCUGGCACGAGACGACAACCACUCAGCGCCUCUGGCACCCCAGUGCUGGAGAAUUGCCCCCAGAACGAUGAUGAACGGGAGAGGAAGCAGCGGAGGCGCUCCAGAGUUGUCGAUCUACAGUUCAGCGCUGAAUCGCCUCUGUCCAUACAGUCUCCCGUUAGCAAGCAGGCAGAGACAUCAUUGCCAGCGCUCCCACAAUUGUCCAAUGCUCAGAUUGCAGAUCAUUACUCCACAUGCAUCAAGCUUUCGACAGAAAAUAAAAUCACCACAAAGAAUGUAUUUGGCUUACAUCUCAUUGACUAUAUGACUGAAAUACUCAAGCAGAAAGAUUCUGAACUCACCAACUUUAAGGUAGCAGCUGGCACCCUCGAUGCCAGUGCAAAGAUCUACGCGGUGAGAGUUGAUGCUGUCCAUGCAGAUGUUUACCGUGUUCUUGGAGGCCUGGGCAGAGACUCUGCAACUGCAGAGCCCGAGAAGAACCAGAACACAGGUGAAGGAGAGGGAGGUUCGGAGCAUUCCAAGAAGCCCCCCAGCGAGAGGAAACAUCUGUACAAAAGCAUUGAACAAAAUCUGAGUAACAUCACUGUCUCUGAGGCAGAUCGCAAGUGUGAGAGCGAUCCCGUGUUGCAAAGAACAGCCGCCUCUUUUGAUGAUUGCAGCACGGCUGGUGUGUUCCUCACCACACUUCACACGCACAGCUAUCUCAGUGAAGUCCUGUUUGAUUCCACGGUCGUUCCUCUGCCUUCGUCUGUGACUUCUGAGAUACCACGUUCUGCUCAUGUGAAAGUGGCCGAUUUAAAAUCCAUCCUUCUACGGUGUGUUGAACAGUCUGCCAUUUGCCCUUCAUUGACCGGCUUUCUCUUUACUCAGUGGAACAGUGAAACCCAUAACGAGUCAGUCUCCGCUCUACUGGAUAAAUUCAAGAAGAGUGACCAGGCAUUUGAUAUCAACGCAGAGACUGAUAAUGACCCCCAGGAGUUCAUUGAGGAUAGAAUGGAAGAGGAUUUUGAUGCUGACGUUCUAGACAAGACCACGGCGAGAGAUCUUGGGGAAUUCUCCCAAAAGCUGGAGGCGUGCAGAAUCGCACCAGGAAGUUCAAGGGAAAACCUGGUUUCUGUGGGAGAAGGGGAUAUUGGGUCCCUGUGUCUUCAACUGUCCAUGAACCCCAGCGAGUACUCUUACUUCAGCCCCGGAGUUAUCUCCCUGUGGGCAGGCCCAGAACACUGGCGUUUUAAACCAGGCCAUAAAGGUGAUGCCCGCUCAGAGAGAGUAAGUAAAAGGAAAACAAUUAAGAAAGUGUUUGAGAUCAAUUUUGACGAGGAGAUUGAGUUUGAACUUCACUUCCGCAAAACGCGGGCAGCUACGACUCUGGCCAAGUCUACCCUCGAAAGCCAAAACAAGAAAAGCAACACCCUGCCGGCAGACUUCAAUUACAAUCCAGACGACCUCACCCGGCUGUUCCUCAAACCGAAAAUCAGGCUGUGGAAGAUGCCACCGCAGGGCAGUUCAUCCAGUUGUGAUGAUGGGGAUGAAGUCGGAGGAUAUGAUUACAACAAUCCCAAUGAUACCUCCAAUUUCUGUCCUGCAGUGCAGGAUGCUGACAGUGAGGAUGACACUCUGGACUUUAUAGGUCAGGGAGGGAUGUUUGAAAUGACGGCCAAUCCUACAGGUGGAGACAGCCAUGAUGCAGAACUUGAUGGAGAUGUCAAAGGACUCAACAAUUCCACCUACAGUGAAGCCAAUCUGGUGGCUGAGCCUCAAAAGGUGAACAGAAUAGAGAUUCAAUAUGCAAAAACUGCCAAAAAGAUGGACAUGAAGAGGCUCAAGCAGACCAUGUGGCUCCUCUUGACAGAUGUCCCAAAGAAUCAGACCGAGGAAGAGAGUGAAGGCACAGAGAAAAAGAUCCACUCUUCGUUGGUCUCAAGCCAGAAGGUCUUCAGCAGCAUCACCAAGGACCUACUUCACAGUCUGCCCUCCACGAUGGCAAAGAACCUGUCAGUCCCGUUGGCGUUCACUUGCCUCUUGCACUUGGCCAAUGAAAAGAACCUGAGAUUACAGGGGGUGCAAGACUUGUCUGAGGUCUUAGUGCUACAAGAAGAUUAACCUGUGCCGCCUGGGAGACAGACCUUCCUCAGCCUCCCAGGAGGGAAUUUAUCUGCCGCUCGAGACUUGCCCAUCUCCGGCUGCACAAGGAUAAAGGGCACCAGCCUCUGCCUGAUUCCAUCGGUCCUUCUGGGGGAAAAAAACAGUGCAUGAUUUACAAAUGAUUUGGACUUGUGGCAGUCAUGGCUGCGUGCUUUUAAUGAGCCAGAGUGCUUUUUAACCCCCCUGAGUUCGGCCUCUUUCCCACAACUGCUAGGUGGGUGAGCCUGAGCCCAGGGAGCCUUUUAACACUCGUGUGUGUUCUUGGCACAAUUGCGGCACUUAUAUUCCAUCUGCUUUUUAAAACAUGCUUCGAUUUCGCCUCCACUGAAAAUGGUCCCAUCUUUCUUUCUACAGUCUCCUCUCCGGAUGUUUUAUAAUUGUCUUCAAUCAUUUUAUAUAUUUGUGCGAAUAUUUUUUUAGUAAUAAACCUCAACCUUACAGUA